AUGGUCGUAGCGGGUUUCAUGCGUGACUCUACCACCACGUUCUCUAUUGGAGAAUGCAUCGAACGAUGCGUUCAAGCUGAAAUCAUGCUCGGAUUCCAGUGUUUAUCGAUCAUGUAUUACUAUGAGGAGACUGUGUUGAACUGCAUUCUGAAUGACGCCAGUGUUCGAACAAAUCCCGAAUCACUAACAGAGGUGAACUCAACAGUUGUCGAUUACUUUGGUAUUGACGACUGUUAUGGGCUACCAGAGGCAAUGGAUGACCGUCAGGUUCUCUUUUUUUCGACAGCCUAA